AUGUCUGAGCCAACUUAUACUGGGCUUACCGAUAGUGGUACCGGAGGUGACGAUAUGUUGUACGACCUUAACCAACCUUUCGACAAGGGUGACAUGGCCUGGGUGGCCACUGCCGGUUGUUUGGUGUUCAUCAUGAUUGUUCCAGGUGUCGGUUUGUUGUACUCUGGUGUUGCCAGAAAGAAGCACGCUCUUUCUCUUAUCUGGGCUUCUGUCAUGGCCUGUUGUCUUAUUGUUUUCCAAUGGUUCUUCUGGGGUUGGUCUUUGACAUUUUCUCACGAUGUUAAGUCCGGGAUGAUUGGUAGUCUUGAAUUCUUUGGUAUGAUGAACACUUUGGGUGCUCCAUCAGCUGGUGCUUCUACUUUGCCAGAUAUUUUGUUUUGUUUCUACCAAAUGAUGUUUGCUAUGAUUACUGGUGCCCUUAUGUUGGGCGGUGCUUGUGAAAGAGCUCGUUUGGGUCCAAUGAUGGUUUUCCUCUUCUUGUGGAUGACCCUUGUUUAUAACUUUGUUGCCUGUUGGACUUGGAACGCCGAAGGUUGGUUGGCCAAGUUGGGUGCUCUUGACUUUGCCGGUGGUGGUCCAGUCCAUCAAUCUUCUGGUAUUUCUGCUUUGGCUUAUGCUUUGAUUUUGGGUAAGCGUAAUGACCCAACUGUCACCCACUUGCCAAAGUACAAACCUCACUCUGUCACCAACAUUGUCUUGGGUACUAUUUUCCUCUGGUUUGGUUGGUUAGGUUUCAACGGUGGUUCUGGUGGUUCUUCCUCUAUUAGAGCUUGGUACGCCUGUAUGAACACCAUGUUGGCUGCCGCCUGUGGUGGUCUUGCCUGGUUGUUUGUCGAUUACUUUAGAGAAGGUCGCCGUUGGACCACUGCUGGUAUGUGUAUGGGUGUUAUUGCCGGUUUGGUUGGUAUCACUCCAGCUGCUGGUUUUGUCCCAAUCUACUUUGCCGUCCCAAUCGGUGUUAUUUGUGCCAUUGCAUGUAACUACGCCGUCGACAUCAAGGAAUACUUGAAAAUCGAUGAUGGUAUGGAUGUGUUCUCAUUGCAUGCUGUUGGUGGUUUCGUCGGUUCUUGUUUGACCGGUUUGUUUGCUGCUGACUACGUUGCUGCUUCUGAUGGGUCCGUUGCUAAUGGUGGCUCCCCAAUCGAUGGGGGUUGGCUUAACCAUCACUACAAGCAAUUGGGCUACCAAUUGGCCGCUUGUACUUCCAUCUUGUUAUGGUCUUUCUGCAUGACUUCCAUCAUCUUGUUGGUCAUGGACAAGAUUCCAUUCUUGAAGUUGAGAUUGAGUGAAGAUGAAGAAGAAUUGGGAACUGAUGCUGCUCAAAUUGGUGAAUUCAUUUACGAAGAUGACCAAAUCUACAUUCCAGAGCCAGUCAGAUCCAUCAAGUCCAGAGCUUCUCAACCUCCACCAGUCGAAGAUGAAACAGCUUCUGAGCCAGUUGAAGAAAAACCAGCUCAAGUUUGA